AUCACUGUUGGGUUCAGAAUCUUUUUUUUCUAGAUUUUGCACCUUUAAAAUUGGGUGCGUCUUAUAUGCCGGUGCGUCCUAUAGGGCGAAAAAUACGGUAAUCUUUGGUGAGAGUUUUUUAACCACAUUUUUUUCUUUGCGGUAAGAUUCUGCCGUGGGAUUUGCAGCAUUUGGAUUAGAUUUGUAAAAUCUUAUUCACUUAGACACUUAAAUUUUUUUUUUUUAUGGCUUCUUUUCUUUUAUUUGUAAUUUUUUUAGUGGCACCAAUAAUUUAUUGUCCACUUUGUGUUUGGCUUUCAAUAUGUUUUGUUUCUGGCUGGUGAGGCUCGGCAACUCACAGCAGACAUGCACAAUUCAUGCUGUUUAAUGCACAAAUUCCACUAUUGUCCAUUCUUUAAUUCCCUUAAUCAUUGAUUCUUCUUUACAGUAGACACCGGCCCCCCUGGGGGGGGUGGUUGAUAGGAUGGGCAUGUCCAAAAUUUAUCUUGCCGUUACUUAUUAACCUGGAUUCUCAUAUGGAUUAUAAAUAGUUUGGUUUCCACCAGAAAAGCAGUCACUUGCAAAAUGGGUCACCUUCUUCUAGCUUCUACUUUGCUCCUUUAUGCCUUAUCCCCAACAAGCUGUGACUUUGUGAUUGAAGGAAUAAGAAACAUACAGAAAAGAAGCAUUGACACGCCGGUCGCUGAUAUAGAAGUCUACAGUAUAAUAAUCAACAGUCAGGUGACGUCCCGCUUUGCCCAUAAUGUUAUUACAAGUAGAGCCAAUAAUCGAGCCGGAAUCCCGAAAGAAGCCUUCUUUGAUGUGGAUCUGCCCAAAACAGCUUUUAUUACAAAUUUCACCAUGAUAAUAGAUGAAGUAACGUAUACAGGAGUCAUCAAAGAAAAGGAAGUUGCUUUGGGACAAUAUCUACAAGCUGUAGCAAGUGGACAAACAGCCGGACUUGUCAGGGCCUCUGGCAGGAAUACUGAGAAAUUCACUGUAUCGGUUAAUGUCGCUCCAGAAAGUCAAGUAACAUUUGAGUUGGUCUAUGAAGAAAUGCUGAAGCGUCGUCUUGGAAAAUAUGAGAUAUUUUUCAAAGUUCAGCCAAAAACUCUUAUUACAAAAUACGAGAUUGAAGUAGACAUACAAGAACCUCAAGGAAUCAGCUUUCUAGACGCUCAGGCAUCUUUCCUAACAAAUGGUGUUCUACCGGCUGUAAAAAAAUUGAUUUCUGGGGAAAAGGGCCAUGUCUCUUUUAAACCCACCAUAGAUCAACAGCGUUCUUGUGCAAACUGUGAAACUACUUUACUGAAUGGAGAUUUUACUGUGACCUACGAUGUUAAUAGAGAAUCCCCUGGAAACAUACAGGUUGUCAACGGAUAUUUUGUUCACUUUUUUGCUCCCCCUAAAUUGCCUAGUGUACCAAAAAAUGUUGUUUACGUCAUAGACAGAAGUGGAUCAAUGUGGGGUAGAAAAAUGGAUCAGACAAAGGAAGCCCUUCUCCGAAUUCUGGAUGACACCCCAGAGCACGAUUACUUCAAUAUCAUACAGUUUGAUGAUUCUUUUAUUUGGUGGAAAUAUUCUUUAGUCCAAGCAACUCCAGAAAAUCUGAAAGGGGCUGCACAAUUUGUACAAUCGAUUUAUGCUAGAAGUGUGACAAACAUCAAUGACCCUCUGCUGAUGGCGGUUAAUUUGCUGAAUGUAGCACAUAGCACUAUGGCUGUUCCUGAGAGAAGUGUUUCUAUAAUUGUCCUCCUGACAGAUGGCCAAGCCAAUACAGGUGAAUCAAACCCUUCAAAAAUCCAAGAAAAUGUAAAGAAAGCCAUUCAAGGGAGAUACACCUUGUAUACCCUUGGUUUUGGCUAUGAUGUUGAUUAUCCUUUUCUGGAGAAGUUAGCACUUGAAAAUUCAGGAAUUGCCCGUCGCAUAUAUGAGGACUCGGAUGCAGCUUUACAGUUGAAGGGCUUCUACAAUGAAAUUGCCAAUCCAACAUUGAUUAACAUAGAAAUGCAGUAUCCUGAGAAUGCUGUAUCUGACCUCACUCAGAACAACUUCAGACAAUACUAUGAAGGGAGUGAAAUUGUUGUUGCCGGACGUGUAAAAGAUAACGUGAAUUCAUUUAUUGUGGAUGUAAAGGCAGAUGGGGCUUAUUCACCUAUGAAAUACAGAGAAAAUAUUCCACUUCAAAAUGAAGAUGAUGUUAGCAAAAAGCAGAAAUACAUCUUUGGUGAUUUUACAGAGCGACUCUGGGCAUAUCUCACUAUACAGCAGCUGUUAGAGAAACGGAUUUCAGCAAACCCAGAAGAAUUUGCAAGUCUAACAGCGGAAGCACUUAAACUUUCCCUGAAGUUUAAGUUUGUGACUCCUUUAACAUCAAUGGUAGUUACAGCACAAGAGGAAGAGGGGAAGCAAGACAUGUUUAUUGCUGAUAAGUUUGUGGAAGGACAAAGCCCAUAUGUUCCAUAUCCUGUAGCAAAACUAUUUUACCCCUAUCAGGGUCCUCCAAAUUUUGUGGAUUCUGACCCUCAUUUUGUAAUAAAUGUUCCACAAAUGAAUGACUCGCUGUGCUUCAAUAUUCAGGAGAAACCGGGUAUGAUCCUAAAUCUCAUCCAGGAUAAAAAACUAGGUAUUUCAGUCAAUGGACAACUUAUUGGAAACAAGAAAACAAGCAAAGGCAAAUCAAAUGAAACUUAUUUUGGAAGAAUUGGGAUAGUAAACAGAGAGAUGAAGAUAAGAAUUGAGGUGACUACUGACACAGUCACUGUUAUGAACCGUAAAAUCAAGAAAAUCUUUACAUGGAAGAAAACAAGCUCAAUCAGCGAGGAGGGGUUUAAUCUGGUGGUCAACAAAAGAAGUAAUGUGACCUUUUCAUUUGGAGAAGGAGCGACAUUUGUCAUUAUUCUGCAUGAAGUUUGGAAAAAUAAUCCUAUCCACAGGGAUUUCCUGGGUUUUUACACACUGGACGAUCAUACAUUUUCUGAAGGAGUCCAUGGACUGCUAGGACAAUUUUUCCAUGGAAUCAAUUAUGAGAUCUCGAAUGUUAACAAAACUGAUAAUCCGGACAAACCGGAUGCAACAAUGAAAGUAAAGAACAAGCUGCUGACAGUGACAAGAGGUGCACAAAAAGACUAUCGGAAAGACCACAAGAAUGGCAUCAAAAUUCCCUGCUGGUUUGUGCAUAACAAUGGAAAAGGCCUCAUUGAUGGAACCCAUACUGACUACAUUGUACCAGAUAUCUUCAGUUUUCGUUAGAACGAACACAGAUCGCCGAUUUGCACCUUGUUCAACUCUACAGAUCCUUUUUCCUACUUGACACAGGAAUAUACCUCCACCACUCCCCACUCCUCCCUACACCAAGUUUAAUGCUAUCUACCUCCUGUUAAUUGUGAUGCAUAGAAAUAUCUUCCAUCUUUUCACCAUUCUAGGGUCAACAUUCUCUUUAUUAAUCUGGUAACUGAGUGUUUGUUUUUGUUGUUGUUGCUAUUUUUGUAUUUUUAAUACUUUAAUAAAAAAAAGUUAU